CGAUCGCAGAGCAAGUCCCGUGUUGGUGUUGAAGUCUUCUUGUGUAUGGCGAGUGCCGGUGGUGGAGGCCAACCUCCGCCGUCGCCACCUUAUCGUCCCUACCGAGUCUUCCGAACCCUAACUUCACAUACUAGAGCCGUGUCGUGCGUGAAGUUCUCCAACGACGGAACGCUCCUGGCCUCCGCCUCUCUGGAUAAAACCCUAAUCGUGUGGUCCUCUCAGACCCUAACCUUUCUCUCUCGCCUGACGGGGCACUCAGAGGGAGUGUCGGACCUGGCCUGGUCCUCUGAUUCCCACUACAUCUGCUCUGCCUCCGACGAUCGUACCCUUCGCAUCUGGGAUGCUCGCUCCGCCGAGUGCGUCAAGACCCUCCGUGGUCACUCUGGUUUCGUCUUCUGUGUCAACUUCAAUCCUCAAUCCAAUCUUAUUGUUUCCGGUUCCUUCGAUGAAACCGUCCGCAUUUGGGAUGUCAAGACUGGCCGCUGCGUCCAUGUUAUUCAUGCCCAUUCUGAGCCCGUUACUUCCGUUCAUUUUAUCAGGGACGGCUCCAUCAUCGUUUCUGGCAGCCAUGACGGCUCCUGCAAGAUCUGGGAUGCUGCCACUGGUUCUUGCUUGAAGACCCUCAUCGAUGAUAAGGUCCCCGCCAUUUCCUUCGCCAAGUUUUCCCCCAAUGGCAAAUUCAUUCUCGUCGCUACGCUCGACGAUACUCUUAAACUUUGGAACUACUCGACGGGAAAGUUCUUGAAAAUCUACACUGGUCAUGUCAAUAGAGUGUAUUGCAUAACUUCUACGUUUUCAGUCACGAAUGGGAAGUACAUAGUUAGUGGAUCGGAGGAUCAUUGUAUCUACUUGUGGGAUCUGCAAGGGAAGAAUAUGAUUCAGAAACUAGAAGGUCACACUGAUACCGUCAUCUCCGUGUCAUGCCACCCCACUGAGAACAAGAUUGCUUCUGCUGGCCUAGACAAUGAUAGAACUAUUAGGAUAUGGGUUCAAGAUUAAUCAAAAUAAUUACAGGCCAGAUGUAUUCAACAUACA